AUGGCGACGCCAAGUGCAUCCUGGAAUGUGGUAGUCGGAGAUCAUCCCGGAUCGUCCUGGGAGGAUAUCUUCUGCGAGCCUGACUGGGCCAUUCUGCAUGGACACAAUCACCAUGUUGGCUACAAGAACCGAGAGAACCGAACUGCAGGUUUGACGUCGGAGAAUGAGGGGCUCGGCGCAACCAGAGAGGUGGAGGAUCCGAGCGACCCGUUCCUGGAGAUAUCCAGACAAGGCAAAUUCGUCAGCUUCAGAGACCUUUUUGCGGCUCAACCAGACUAUCAUCUCACACACCCAGAAAAUCGUUCCCUAGGGUGGCGGUAUGCUCUUGGAACUACAGAAGACUGGGUGAAGUAUGGGCAGGCUUGGCCCGCAAACAUUCAGGCGAAAAAGAAGGAGACGCAAUCAGGGAACAAGGAUGACAAGCAGAGACAGGCUAAGCAGGAGGAUGGGGGAGACAACGCGGGUAAUGAUCAAGAUAUGGAUGGAGCACAUGUCGCAGAUGAGGGAAAUAACAGCGAGCAAGCGCGAGAACAUGCUGCUUUGCUCAAGGUGCUCAAGGAAGAGGCAGACUAUAUCAGAUCACUGGGUCAGAACGAUGGUAGGGGGGAGUCUCCCCACGCUCAUAGCCGACCAGAUGUCUACAUCAACGAGGCGGACCAAUUCACCCCUGACAAUUGGCUUCCGCGAACCACAGAUUUCAUACGACUGACAGGCAAACAUCCAUUGAAUGCGGAGCCCCAUCUUACGCACCUUUUCCACGCUGGUCUCAUUACACCCAACGAACUUCACUACGUCCGGAAUCACGGAGCAGUGCCUCGCCUCCUAUGGGAAGACCACAAACUUGAUAUUCAUCAUGGAAAACUCGUAUUAUCUAUGGAUGACCUGAAAACCAAGUUCGACCCGAUCAACAUCCCCGUUGCUCUAGCUUGCGACGGCAACCGACGGAGGGAGCUCAACAUGAUACGUCGCUCUGCAGGCUUCAACUGGGGCGCUGGAGCAGUAAGCUGCGCAUACUGGAGAGGCCCACUGUUGCGUGAUGUUCUCUUAGCAGCCGGAUUUCCAGAUUCCAUGCCUAGUCAUCAGAAACGGAGGUAUUGGGUCAAUUUCGAAGGCUCAGAUGAGCUAAGUGAAGGGAAAUAUGCGACAUGCAUACCUUUGAAGUAUGCUAUGGACGUCACCAACGACGUUAUCCUGGCAUAUGACAUGAACGACCGUCCCUUACCUCCAGAUCACGGAUAUCCUGUCAGGGUGAUCAUUCCAGGGUAUGUCGGGGGACGCUGUGUGAAAUGGCUGCGCAGAAUCUGGAUCACAGAUCACGAGAACGACAGCUACUAUCACCUAUGGGAUAACCGAGUGCUUCCCAGUUUUAUAAAGGAAAAGGAGGAUGAACUCGCCGCGGUGAUGUUCAGUCACCCUGACACCUCGUGCAACGAGCAGAACCUGAACUCGGUCAUUGCGAAGCCCGCCCAUGGUGAGCGGAUUAAAAUCACAGGGUUGCAAAACGGGCAGACCUACCGUGUAGCCGGUUACGCGUACGAUGGCGGCGGCCACGAAAUUCAGCGGGUCGAACUUUCGCUGGAUGAUGGCAGAACCUGGCUCUACUGCGUACGGCGGUUUCCAGACGCGCCUAUACGUCACGGGAAGAAGUUCUGGACCUGGGUUCAUUGGCACAUCGAUGUGCCGGUUAUGGAGCUCGCCAAAACCACGGCCAUCGCAGUCCGAUGCUUCAAUGUCUUCAAGAACACUCAGCCGCGUGAACCGUCAUGGAAUAUCAUGGGCAUGAUGAACAACUGCUGGUAUGUUGUGAAACACGAGGUGGUUGAAGGGGACUCGGAUGGAGAGCUGUCUUUACUCAUCCGACAUCCGGUCGAGCCGGGUACUGGAAACGGUGGUUGGAUGAAGCCCAGCAUCGAAAAUCAGCUGGAAGAGGUCAAGCGGGAAGCGGGGACGCCAAAGAAGCAGUUUACACGAGCCGAGAUUGAAGGGCACGAUAAGGAAAAUGACUGUUGGAUCGUCGUGGACGGGAAGGUGUACGAUGCGACUAGUGUCCUCUCAUGGCAUCCAGGCGGAAAGUCUGCAAUACUGGGACAUGCAGGCAAAGUCCAUCAAGAGACAUCGGACGAGUUUUCUGCUAUUCACGAUGAUUUUGCAUACCAAAAGCUGAAAGAGUGUAUUCUCGGCACGGUCACCGACAAAGUCAGGGAUUUUAUCCAGAAGCGGGCAGAAGAUACUGCACGCGAGUUGGAGAAGUCGGGCAAGCAAGACGAGCGUGUUGCUUUGAAGAAGCAUCGUUGGGUACCGGUGAAGUUGCUCCGUCGAGAACGGCUUUCGGGGGAUACGAGGUCGUAUACUUUCUCUUUACUCGAAGACAAGCCCAUGCUGGGAUUGGGGACGUGUCAACACGUACAGGUUGGUUUCCACAUGAAGGACAAGAUGCUCAUUCGAUCCUACACGCCAACGAAACCUAUCCUGCCCGCUCCGGGCUCCGGAGAAAAUCAGGGAAACCGCCAAGUUGGAGGCGGCACGGAUAAAACAGAGCUAACUGACGGUUCCGGCACAUUUGAGCUGACGGUAAAGACUUAUUUUCCAGACCAGAAUCAGCCGGGUGGAGCAAUGUCCAACCUGCUAGAUUGCAUGCCUUUGGGUGAAGAAAUUGAACUCCGAGGGCCAACAGGAGAGAUUGUGUACAAUGGACAAGGCUUGUUCGACGUUGAAGGUAAGCACAUGCGAUUCAAGCACGUCUCUCUCGUUCUCGGCGGGAGCGGAAUAACACCCGGCUAUGCUCUGGUUGCGAGGAUACUGCUUUCGGAUGGUGAUAGCACGCCAAUUCGAGUGGUGGAUGCAAACAAGAGCGAAAGCGAUAUUCUGCUCAAAGGAGAUCUAGACCGACUGGAAGAGGGGAGUGAAGGGAGGUUGAAAGUCACGCAUGUCUUGAGUCAUCCGAGCGAAAAGUGGGAGGGGUUGAAGGGAUUUGUCAAUCCCGAAAUCCUUAAGGGGAAUCUCUUUAAACCGGAAGAAGGGUCCGUUGUCUUUAUGUGCGGACCGCCAGCCAUGAUUCAAAAGGCGGUACUGCCGGCCUUGAAAGACUGGGGUUACAUUGAGGGGAAGAACAUGUUUGGAUUCUAG